AUGGGUAACUGUAGUUCAAACUCUUCAAUAAUCUGGACUUGUAACAACAGAACUCUAAAAGCUGGAGUCUGGUAUCUAUCUUGGAAUAUUCAAACUGAUGAGAUUCAAGUCACGAAAAUUGUGACAGGUCGUGAAGCAUUGUGGGUACUCCUUCAUACAGAUAACAGUGUCUGUGAUCAUCCAGUUCGACCAACUUCUGGCACCCCGCCAUUUGUUCAACCAACAACACCACCCAGAGAAAGACAUUCAGGUAAAUUCUAUAUCUGUAGGAAUAGGGUGAAUGCUCCAUACACAUUUUUGGAUAAUUAACACCCCUUGUUACCACUGCCAGAGAAAGCAUGCACAGGCAGCGUUGUAUAAAAUACUCCUUACUGAAAUAACGCGUUACUAAUUCUAAUUUUGUAAUGGAAUUAAUGUUAAUUACUUUUAUAAAGUAACGAGUAACAUUGUGCAGAAAGUAAUUUUGCCUUACUUCUGCGUACUUUCUUUAUUUUCCAACCUUACCAAUUCUGGAACUGAUUUCAGAAGGAAAUGGCUUUGAAGUUAAACAUCUGUUCAGCUGUUGACGGUUAAGCACUAUAUGUAAAUGUCGUUUUUAAUUCUGCAUUUCAGGUUGCAACCACACAUUGACUUACGACAACGAAACAGAAGUUGAAAUAAAUUUUCCAGAAUCGCAAUAUUUUGACUUAACCAGUCAAUCCUGUUCCUGGAGGAUUAGCUACCCUUCUGGCUACAUUAUUUCACUCAAUAUCAUAUCACUGGAUAUACCAUCUAACAAGUCUGAUCACUGCAAUACACAGUUCCUGGAAAUAUCUGGUAUAGAAGGAAAUGUAUCAAUUAUCAAGUUAUGUGGCAAUUAUCAACAAUAUAAACUUCGUUCUCUGUCUAACUUGGUGUCGAUAGUCCUCAAGCUUGCCAAUAACGUCACAAAAACCACAAGAUUUCGUCUCAAAUUUAAAGGCGUCUUAAAUAGAGGUAAAGCAUGAAUGUGGCUUUCGGGUCUAUUUUAGGCGCCAUAAAUACUGUUGUAUCUGUUAACGCGUUAAUUUGUUGUUAUAUUGUUUUAACGAUUUAAUACUUUAAUUUGUGUGUUAUAUGAUUUUAUUUUGCAGGAGUUAUUAAGAUUUUGAGUCUGUUGAUAGAAAUAAGUAUCAUAACUUCUUAUCUCCAGUUAAGGGAAAACCAGAUAUAUCUAAUUCACGCACAUGGGCGUACCGGAAGGAAAAAAUUAGGGGGGCGGAAAGAAAAUUGCCCGAGUUUUCGGGAUUUUGCCCGACUUUGGCGACCUCCCCCCCCCCCCCGUCGCCAAAAAAAUUUCGGUCUUUAGGGGUCAAAAAAAUUUUCCGGACAACCAAUAUGCUCGGAACAUACACAAAAUUUUCGAAAAUCACAAAAUUUGCCAAAAAUUGAUUUAAUUUUAGACAAAAUUUACGAAUUUGUCACAUUUUUUUAUUGCAAGCCAAAAUUGCCCGACUGUUGAUCGAAUAUUGCCCGACUGCCCAAAAAACUGGGGGGGGCUGCCGCCCCCCCCGCCCCCCCCGCCCGGUACGCCUAUGUUCACGCAGAAUCAUUAUCAUAGCGACAACAACGAUCGCUGGCGUGUUUCUUAGCAUCGUGCUUAUUGCCUUUUCAAUAAAAUACAAACAGCGGAAGCAGGCUUCAAAGUCAUCAUCUCCUGUCAAUAUCCCACUGUCAGUCGAAACUCCACGUGAGCCAUUGCCAAUUGAUGAGGUAAUUAAUUAUGGUCAUAGUGUUGGUAACACAGUGAAUGCUCGUUACAUUUAGGAACAGUUUGUAACUGAUAAAGCUAUCCAGUAUAAAUAAAGUUAGUUUAGUUCAGGUUUCCUCCUGUAGUAGCACUGGAUCAAUAAGAGAUGACCUUUCGAACUAAUAGAGCUUCAGUAUAUAAUAUAAAGUUAGUAAAGUUUAGCAGUAGUAAAACUGGAAGAAUAAGAGAUGGACUGGACCUCUUUGACGGGAAAACAGUUUAGAACUAGCUGAUAGAGCAAUCCGAAAUAAGUUGCUUUAUUUUAUACUCAAAUUACGAGGGGUAAUCCGGUUUUUCUCACCUGCAUGGUUUUACUCUCCUACACGUACUGCAGGGUUUUUCUCCAGGCCAGUUUUUUUUCCCAACAAAAACUAACUUUUAGAAUUAGUUGUCAAGUACAUACACCGGGCGUUUCUGGUUGGGAUGAGUUGGGCAACCAAUUCACGAGCCGGUCCUUACUGACUAUUUUAUUUGGCCGCGCUUUUGGUUCUAUUUGCUCGCAACAAAGAUUGUGAAACCAAUUACUUUCAAUGAUAUAUUUAUUUUCUUACUUGUAGUCUUAUAUAUUACUCAAUAAUUAGCGUCUCUAUAACUUUCCUUAAUAUAUAUAAUAUAAGUCUUAAUAAUGUUCAAACUUAUCUCUUUUCACGACUGAGCACAACUCUUCAAAUCCUAACAAUUCUUUAUCUUUAAUAUAUCUUCGCCUUUGUAUAAUCCUUUUAAUUCUUUCUUUAACUUAUAAUUAUCAUUUAUGUACUGAGGCCGAGGGAAACAGUGUAUUUUGUGGACCCGAGACCGCCGUUGUUGUCGAGGGGCCACAAAACACACUGGUUUCCCGAGGUCUCAGUAAACAAGUGUUUUGUUAUAUAGUAUAUAAGUGUCAAAGUAUGAAUAAUUCACCAGUUAUUGGAGUGAACUUAAUUUGAAGCCCAAACUGGAUAAAUGGAACGCCGUAAAUGUUUAGUAAAAAGUUUAAAAAAUGAACUUUGGAACUUAAUGGUUGACACGCAUGCGUAUUGCACCCAUUUUAUUAUUGACCGGUCAAUAAAUGUUUCACUUUGGACCGGUUGCCGAGCAUGACGUUUUGUGGACUGGCACGUGAUGCGGUUUUGACCAAUCGGCAAAAAGAAAAAUUGAACUAUAUAACAAUUUCUAUAUCUUCACGGGGAUGUUAUUCAGGCUUUCCCUUUAUUAAUAAUGCAUGAUUGUCUAGUUGUGCUCAGGCUUUCAUAUACGCUCUUCUAGGCGAAGAAACUACAAAACUAUGACUCAUUUCCCCUACGCAAUACAGUUCGUUGAAGCAAGUUUCAGUAACCCGGCACAAAUCGGCCAACGCCAAACCGAGUCAUGUCCGCUACGUUAUAGUUGUGGGACAACUUAAUUUUGAAACUAUUUGCUUACUUAUGCAAGUAUAAUAAUAUUUUAAUAUAUGCAAAAUUACAUGAUAAGCAUUAUCAUAUAACAAUACUAAAACUGUCUGUACCAGUGUAGGUAGUACCAAAUACCAAUGUGAAUGAUUCGGCUACUAACUCUUGACGAAGGGCCUUCGCUCGAAACGUCGAGUUUCUGCUUAUUUUUAAGGUAGUAAUAUAACCACUCAGCACAGCAUUUUCAUGUAACAAUACCCUGUGUCAUCAACAUUAAGUAAGUGAUUAUCAUUGUUAACAGGAGCCAGGUUAUGAAACUGUCGGGAAUGUUGAUCAAACGUUUUACGAAGACGUCGACACAAAUGCAAACGAGUCUGAAGGCACAUCAGCUGAAGGUCAGUAUUAUACUUAUAUCAUUCCACCAAUAUGAUCAGUAGCGUAGCCAGCCCGACGAUUUAGUCCCGCUAUGCAAAUAUUUUUGUGUUCAUUGACUGUGAAAACAAUCAAUUUCUAAAGAAAUGAAUAAUGAUAAUAAUUUUGAAUUUGCAUAGCGGGACCAAAUUGUCGGGCUGGCUACGCCACUGAAUAUGAUUGUGUAAUAUUUGGUCAUUCGAAGAAGAAAUGAAAUGAAGAGGAAUAUGGAGAGGAAAUGUUUAUUGUGCAUUAAGGUUUAAGGUUUAAGGUUACAAACUCUUCGGAGUUUGUUUCCUACUUUAUCUCAUGAAGUUAUCGGCUGGCAACGGAUUUCAUCAUUUUACAUUUUAUUGAUUACAUUUUAUACAGUAUAUUGAGGGACUGCAUGGAGCCCAUUUUAUCCUCCAGUCGCGAGGCAAUAUAUGAAAUUAUUAUUUAUUUAAAAAAUUUCUGGUUUCUGAUUGGCUAACAGCUAACAGCCAACUGUGAAAUUGUCAUAUCAACUCAAUGGCUAACCAAAUAUGGAUUUUUUGCAUUCAUAUUAGCAAAAUGACGUCAAAGAGUCAAUAUGAAAAACAUUUGGACGCGUUUGCGCCAUAUUACGAUGACGACGAGAAUAUCAUAUUGACUCGCAGACGCCAUUGGAGAGUUUAAGUUCGACUUCCGAUACCAAUACGGAUACUAACAACAUGUCAUGCGCAUGCUCUGUGCUCGCAAGAAGCACGAGGACAAGUGUACUGGAAGUCACCACUACCGAAGUUGGCCUUGUAUAGGAAGUCGGGGGAAUUGUAAGAUAAACUCAUAUAAAUCGGAUAUUUCAUAAUUUUUUCGAUAAACAUGUAAACUAUUUGUUUAUUAGCAUCGCCUGAGUCAUGUUUUAGUCGGAAUUUUAGCUCAGCUGCCUUUUAGUAUACCGCACAUUUUCGGUGACGAAUAAUGUCUGUAUACUUUAUCUGUCGUGAUAACUUAACGCUUUAAAAUUCCCGGUACCAAAAUGAGAACGGAAGUGAAAACAUCGGUAUCGGUAUUGGUAUUGGAAGUCGAACUUAAACUCUCUAUUGAUAUGACGACGACGACGCAAAUUUUUUUCCGUAGACAGUCGGACUCCUCAUUGAUAGUCGGACGCAUCAUUGACCCGCGCCCUUUGACAAAACAUUCAGCGGAUACUCUUCUUAUUAGUGCUUCCCAGUGUGUCUUGCGCACGCAGUUGGUGAUUUUAAAAUAUUGCAUUGCUUGGUUGAGAUGUCAAGAUCUGAGUAGGACACAUUGUGGCUUCAUAUCUUGUGUGGCGAUGACAUCUGACAAAUUUUACUAAGUUAUAUUCGCCAUUCCCACUUGCGGACAUUGGUGUUUGACAGAUUAUGAUUAAUUAGCGUCGCUGGGAGAAAAAAAAUAUAUUAUAAAGCAUACUAAGCAUAAUAUUAAAAAUUAAAAGUCUUGAAUGAUAUUUCUUUUAUAGUAUCAAUUCGUAAUAUUGUCUUGGUAAUUAGUUGUGGAAUUUAGAACGAGGCAAUAAUAUCUCAUAUAUACGUAUCCAGUGAAAUAGUGGCCGGGCUACAUGAUGUGAUAUUACUAGUGGACGGGUAUUCUGCAAUACUUCUAUUUGUUUUUAACUCGCAAUAACAGUUCUUGAGUAUUUUCGGAACCAGAAAAACAAGUUUGUAGAUUUACAAUGGUAUCGCGAAGCAUAUCGUUCAUCUUUCCGGCGUGGUCGAAGAACAACGUGGAAUGAUGGAUAUAUGGUGCACCAGUGGGUUACACAGGGUACGAAGGGAUCCAUCGAUAACGCGCAGAGGCCUGGACGCGGAUCAAUGAUGCGUCCGACUAUCAAUGAGGAGUCCGACUGUCUACGGAAAAAAAAUUUGCGAAGACGACGGCUGCCGAAGGACUAAGUAAUUGUUUUUUUCUUAAUACAAAUAAAAUACAAAUGUUUUGAAUUUUUUAAAUAAAUAAUAAAACAAUUAUUGAAUUCGGUUUUCGCACAAUAUGAAGAAUUAUCCGAAGCCCUCAGUUUGCCGUUAUCAAUUCCCUUCGGUUGAUAACGGCAAACUUCGGGCUUGAUAAUUCUUCAUAUCGUGCUCAACCUCAUUCAAUAAUUGUUAAAGGGCAUAUUGGGGCAAACGCUACAUCCCAAUAUAGUGUUAAAAAAUCCCUGUCAGGAAUCGUUUGAGCAGGGUAAUUCUCAUUCUCGCUUCACCGUGGCUUCAUAUAAUCGUCUUUUGUUUUCAAAGGCAGGAAAUCAUUUUAUGAGGAGGUUGAAGUACCACGUACCAAAUGCACACGUGAAUUCCGGGUACACUGAUAUCUUGAGAAAUGGGAUAACAGACGAUAGUGAUUAUAAGCGUUUGAAGGAAGGUGGCGGAUAUGUAAUACCAGAUCAAAAAGAAACCUAUGAAGAACCCAAAAUAUUGCCACAAAAUCCUGGUUAUGCUGAACUUAAUAAGAACAGACUCAAAGGCAGAACGGAAGACGGUACUUAUCAGAAACUUGUAAAACAAGACUCAAAUUAUGUUAUACCAGCUCGUGAGAGAAGAGAGUCAUAUGAAGACAUCAAAAUGGGAAGGAACUUACCAGGCUACGAGGAGUUGGAUCUAAGCAAACGCAAAGCCGAGGAUUACCCUACUUACCAAGAGUUGGUCAAGACCUAA